UUCAAUUCAGAUUUCAGACUUUAAUAAUUUUGAGUCUAAAAUAAUAAAAUCUCGUCGCCUGAUCCAGUGCCCGUAUAGCAAGCCGCCGAUCCACCGCCGGUGGAGACACCGUCUCUUCUUUUACUAGUUGUCAGGCAGCGUACUCGCAUCCACCACCAUGUCUGCUUCGAUAAGGCGCAGAAUCCAAAUCGAGGUUAACUCCUCCGAUACAAUAGACGAUGAUAAGGAGAAAACAGAUCUCGGCAGCGAUGAGCCCACACCGUCCGACGGAAACGUCACAGAAGAUCACGAUCCUUUCUCCGGAGGUAAAGUCCGUAGGAAAGCAUCUAUUGCCAGAAGUUUCAGAGGCGAUUAUAUUGAUGUUCGCUCCAAGCCCUAUCUCAUGAAAAUUCUCGAAAAACAAGGUGACAGGGGAGUCAUCUUUGCUGAUGAAGUUCUCAAGUUUACAGGUUCAGGAAAGAUGAAACGCAGAAUUCUUGUAAUUACCAAUUUUGCCAUCUACGUUGUUGAUCAAGAGACAUAUACACUUAAAAGACGGAUUGCCCUUGCUGCAGUCGAGAAGCUUUGUUUGAGUGAAUUAAGUGAUAAUUUUUUUUCCAUUAUCGUCCCUACCGAGUAUGAUCUUCUCUUGGCUAGUACUCGCAAGACUGAGAUUGUAAGCCUGUUGGUGGAAUCUAUGAAGAACACAUCAAAUUACGAAUUGGAAGUUCACCUAUCUAACAGUUUUGAGUACCAUGCUACUUCUGAGAUAGUUAAAGAAAUUCAGUUUGAGGAGGUUGAAGGUGGUAUCCGAACAAGAAUUGUGAAAAAGUAAAGAGCUGUUUAUGUUCAUAGUUAUUCGUAAGCAGUUGUUUUGUAAUUCUUUUAUUUUUGUGUGUAAUAUGAUUGUUUUCCUUUCCAACUUUUACAGUUAACCCUAAUUGAACAUGAUUUCGAGUUUUCUCUGUUUUGUAUUAUAUUUUAGCACUUAUGCAAACAACGUUUCACUUUA